AUGGUUGUGACGUGCCAGAUCAGCUACUUCGCCGCAGCAAGAAGUCCGAAAUAUUUCACGGACCCGCUCAAGUUCUGCCCCGAACGAUGGCUGCCAUCCGAUCAUCCUCAAUUCGAUUUAAAGUAUGCGAGCGACGAAUUGAAGGCCGCGAAACCUUUCAGUCAAGGUCUUCGAGGCUGCCCCGGUGGCGCGAUAGCUGUCUCCUUGAUCCGUCUCUUCAUUGCUAGAGUCUUGUGGGAAUUUGAAUUGGAGGCUGUGCAAGGCCAGGAAGACUUGUCGUUCGAAAAGGACUUCAAAUUCUACGCAUAUUGGGACAGGCCGUCGUUCUGGGUCCGAUUCAAACCUGCGCAUAGAAUGCGCGACUACUGA